AUGUUAUUCAACAUCCCUAUUAUCAUCUCCAUCCUUUCACUAGGAUCUGGAGCACUCGCCGCUCCCGCACCGUCUGAAUUAUCACAACGUGGAGAUGGGAGUGCCGAGAUUGUCCUGGGACUUCCCGCAGGUUCACGCAUGGUAGAUGGAGACGAUACCUCCGUUGGCGUAAUGGGAGUCACGGGCAAAGAUUUUAUCUUGAAAUGGCCUAAAGAGACUUUAGAUAAGAUUGGGAAUAACGAACAUACGGAGAAAGCAGUUUGGUGGGACGUUUUUGAAAGUCCUGAAAAAUCGGUGUUAAAAUGGCAUAUCAAAUGCCGAGCACGUAUCAGUAGCAAUUUCGCCAACAGCUACAGAUUCGAUCUUCUCACUACUGCGCCAUGGAAGGAUUCCAAAGGUGACGUGAGCCCCGACGCUGCCGCCUUUGGAUGCUUCUUGGACGAGAGUGAAUGUAUUUCUGAUUGUGAGAAUUUCCCAAGUAUCAAAUACUCCUCUGGUCUGUGGCUGUGUCCGUCAUUUAUGAUCAUUUAUGCAUUGCCGAUGCAACGUACUCUCCAUUGA